AUGGCUCCGAACAAGAAGGAAGAGAGCGCGUCUUUCGAAGCGAUUAUUCAUAAUGCCCGUCUUCGGCGCCAAAAGCAGGCCUUGACAGACGAUUUCUUCGGUAAAGCAAGGAAAUCAGGCGCCCCCGGAUCCAAUGCGUCCAGCAGAAGGGGCUCUCCAGUCACUGGAAGCCUUGCGAGUAGAGUUGAAAAGGUUCCCCUCCCCCGCGAUCCUUUCAACCCGCGCGACCAGAACCGUGUGGCGUCCGCAGGCGUGAAGAAGCAACAGGCAAAGCCUACAACCACACGACAAACCCGAGAAAGUCGCCUGCUAUCUGGUGUUCUUCCAGUAAUUGAUAAGAUCGAUCGCACGAAGGCACGAGGACCUGGGCUGAAUAUUAGAGGCCGUGCAUCUGGCCCGUGUGUCGUCACUGGCAGCAACUUUGCGUCUGGAACUACUGCAGAGGAUAUUGAAGCUGCCUUCGCCCCUACUGGAGGAGAUAUUCUCCAGUGCAUAAUUACAAAGUCAUAUCCCUCCGUAACAGCCCAGAUGGUAUUCGCUGAGAGACGGGGAGCUGAUAGCGUGGUGGCGGCGUUCAAUUCACAAAAGGCAGAUGGAAGGGUUAUUCAAGUCCGGAUAGACACAACCGACCCAUCUACAGUCUUGGCUCAAUCGAACACUGCUUCUGCCGCCAAGACCAAAUCAGCGUUUGACAGUAGCCGUGAGCUUGCAGACAAGGAGCGCCGUGAAAACCGCCGCCCUGCAGAUUUUCAAGAUGGCCGUUUCGGGUUUGCAGAUCCAGCAGAGCAGCCACGACAGCAACAAUCCAAUUCAUAUGAUUCAGACACCAGAAACAACAACAAAAACCAAAACCAGAACUGGGGGAGAAAUCGGAGGCAAAACGAAAAGCAGCAUAAUUCAGACAAGCCUGACCUGUACAGCGACACAAUGAUGGUGGACUCGCAGUCAUCUCACAGGAACCGCAGACGUUAG